UGUCUUCCUCGUUUUCUCUCUCUAACCGGAAUAAAAAUUAUAGAGAGAGAACCAAAUUAUAGCUUCCUUCUCGUAUUAUUUCUACUACAAUUUACAGCUUAAAUACGAUUUUUAAAGCUAUUCGCAUUUACCGUUCGUCGUUAAUCUCCUCUCUUCUCUCUCUCUACUCAGAAGCACCAACUACCGUCUCUCAGAUCUGGCCCUCGGCACUCUCUUUCCCGCCCGAUAUCGGUUCCAAUUCGAUCAGCACUACUUGAUGUAAUUAGAAGUGUGUUUCAGUUGAAGAGGAUUUUUCAUCGUAAACUGAAGUAACAAUGAAGAAGGCUUUGGGUCAAACUGUUCGGGAGCUCAAGAGAGAGGUGAAUAAGAAAGUUCUUAAAGUUCCUGGAAUAGAGCAGAAGGUUCUUGACGCUACUAGCAAUGAGCCCUGGGGUCCUCAUGGAUCACAUCUUGCUGAUAUUGCACAAGCUACCAGAAACUAUCAUGAAUACCAGAUGAUUAUGGUGUUGAUCUGGAAGCGUAUCAAUGAUACUGGCAAGAAUUGGCGGCAUGUGUACAAGGCUUUGACUGUUUUGGAAUACUUGGUAGCCAAUGGGUCAGAGCGUGUUAUAGAUGAGAUCAAGGAACAUGCGUACCAAAUUUCAACGUUGUCCGAUUUUCAAUAUAUUGAUUCCAGUGGGAGGGAUCAGGGAAGCAAUGUCAGAAAAAAAUCUCAAAGUCUUGUGAUUCUAGUGAAUGAUAAAGAAAGGAUACUAGAAGUUCGACAAAAGGCUGCUGUUAACAGAGAUAAGUUUCGGAACACACCAUCAUCCGGUGGUAUGUAUAGGCCAGGUUCUUAUUCGAGUACAGGAGGAUACGGUGAUCGAUAUGAUGAUGAUCGUUAUGAAGGCCGUUAUGGAAGCAGAGAUGAAGACCGGAAUGGUUAUGGGAGAGAGAGAGAAUGGGGCUAUAGGGAUGAAGGUCGGGAUGGAGAUCGUUAUGGUAGAGAUUCUGAAGAACGCUAUAGUUACAGGGACGACGAUUACCGGGGAAGAAAUCAAGGCGUUGAUGACCACCGGUAUGGCUCAAGAAGUAGGAGCUCUGAUAGAGAUAAAGACUGCACAAAUGAAGAGGAUGGUCGAUAUUCCUCUAGCAGAGAAAGUGGUGCCAAAGCUGAUGAUUCUCAGGAUGGAAGUUUUGCCGGCAGGCAACUUGAACGGAAAUUCUCUGAACAAAAUAUUGGUGCUCCUCCUAGUUAUGAAGAAGUUGUGGGUGAUGCUAAUAGCCCCAUCCACAAUGAAAGGGAGAGAGAAACUUCUGCAGCAUCAGUUUCUAAAACAUCUCCUCCUCCUGUAAGUGCUAGUCCAAAUCAAGCAACCAUCUCCCCUGGUACUUCUGUAGCUCCUGCUCCUCUAAAGAAGGAAGUCGAUGGCAUUGAUGAAUUUGAUCCACGUGGUUCGUUUUCAGCCGCCCCAGCUACAACAAAUGGUGCUGAAAUGGAUUUACUUGGCUCUCUGUCAGAAUCGUAUUCCUCCAACUUGUUGGCUAUCAUGCCAGCUACACCUGCAAUCACAAACUCUGAAGCUGAUGUUUCUGCAAACUCUGCUUCUGGAUCCACAUUCGUAGCAACACCAUCAGUAUCCACUGUCUCAAAUCAGCCUUUUGAAGAUCCAUUUGGCGAUGGUCCCUUUCAAGCUAUCCCUUCUACAAGCAGUGUCCCAGUUGAGCCCCAGAAUGUUUUUCCAAGCCAAAAUCGAAGUUCUGAACCACCUCAUCCGGACACAUUUCCUGGCAUAAAUUAUACCUCACCCAAUGUCUCCAGUGUUCAAAUUCCUUCAAGAAACCCACAAUUUUCACCCCAGGAGAUGCCUACUAUUAACCAGAACACUGAUAUUUUAGCAGACAUUCUCCCUCCAUCUGGAUUUUCACCUCCUAUAUCUUCACAGUCAGCUUUUACAGUUGCAACGGGCCAGGCUGCACCACAGACUGGUUUUCCAGCUCAAAGUGGGCAACCUGUGUCCCUUGAAGGUUUUCCUCCUCACGGCAGCCAACCUGCAUCACAGAUGGGCUUUCCUCCUCACACUGGUCAACCUGCAUCACUGGCAGCUUUUCCAUCUCAAGCCAGCCAACCUGCACCACAGCCAGGUUUUUCAGCUCAAAAUGGCCAACCUGUAUCCCAGACAGGUUUUCAUACUCAAAUUGGUCCUGCAUCACAGACAGGUUUUCCAGCUUCCAAUGGUCAACCUGCACCACCAAGCACUAAUUUCUACGGGGGCUUUGCACCGUCUGUUUCUACAGCUUCAGUUGCUCCACAUACGGUUUCGCAAGCUCCUGCUGGACCCGCUGCACAGCAUUCCACUGCCAAUAUCCUCCCGCAGUCUAGUUUUGCAGCCCCGGCAGCUUCACAGGCUUUUCAAACUCCAAUUGGAUCAGUUGCACAGCGUAACGGUGAUGUUCUGGAUAACUUUCUUCCACAAGCGCGACUGUCUACUCCCAUGGUUUCACAGGCAGCUCCCCUGGCUUCAACAGGAUCGCUUGCUAUAGUUCCUCAACCAGCAAAGGGAAAUUUUGAGCCGAAGUCUGCAGUUUGGGCUGAUACUCUGAGCCGAGGACUAGUAAAUUUGAAUAUUUCUGGAUCCAAAAUAAAUCCAUUGGCGGAUAUCGGAAUUGAUUUUGAAGCCAUAAAUCGUAAGGAGAAGAGGAUGGAAAAAUCUGUGGUAGCUCCUGUGUCUACAGUUACCAUGGGUAAAGCUAUGGGAUCGGGUUCUGGAAUUGGCCGUGCUGGUGUAGGUGCCCUUAGGCCUACUCCAAACCCUAUGGGUUCUGGUAUGGGCAUGGGUGGUCCUGGUGCUGGCACAGGAAUGGGAGGCUAUGGAGGGAUGAAUCAACACAUGGGUAUGGGAAUGGGACCAGGUAUAGGGAUGAACAUGGGCAUGGGGAUGAAUAUGGGUAUGGGCCAAGGAGUUCAGAUGCAGCCACCAACUGGAUUCCCUCCUAGAUCUGGCAUGCCUGGUGGUUAUAAUCCCAUGAUGGGCAUGAGUGGUCAUUCUCAACCACCGUAUGGCAGUGGCUAUCGGUGAGAUAGAGCCACCUCUUUGACUGAAUUGGGGGAAAGUAUUAAGCGGCUGGUUUAUUAUGCGGUAAGGAGACCGGACAGUGGACUAGAUGUUACUUUCAAAUCCCUGUUUCACCCACAAAUUCCUGGUCUGGCGCUCGGUGUCUACAUCUUUUUAUCGUGAUCUGUAAUUUUCUGUAAAGCAAAGCUUUUGUAGCUAUGAAUGUUUUCAUUGUCACGGGGUUUACUCCACGUUGCUCGGAGUGUCCUUUCUUUUGGGUGACAAGUUAUGUAGGUGAGCUAUUGGGGUUUUAGGUGUUGUGAAGUAGUAUACUGUAGAGAACAACUUUUAUGAUCAGGUUCUCUCUUUUCUUCUUAUCUUUACACCAUUUUUUCUUUCUUAUUUUUUAUUUUUUCCCUGAUCUGUAAAAGGUUUAUAGUUUGGUAUGCCUGUUUGCUGAACAAUAAAUCUAAUAAUUCAUCCUUUUGAUUGAUA